GUCUCACAGUAAUUUGUGAUAUUCAUGACGACCGGACGAAGCGAGGAGAAUCAUCGAGUUGUUACCAUCAAGAGUAUCAAGCAUGGCGGGCCGAGAUUUCCAGGUUCCUGGUUCGUUUCCUACUGCUGUCUCUUAAUUGCCCUCGUUGUCGGGGCACACUGGGUGGCAAUCGGGGGCGAGGAGUUCGAAAACACAGAGCUUCCCGAGACGGAAUUUUCAGCGCAACGUGCUGUGAAGGUUGUCCAGGAACUGGAAGCUUGCGGAAACCGCGAAUCUGGCACACACGCGGCCGAGGUCUGCGCUCCGCAAGCUAUCCUGAAAGAAGUAGAUAGUAUUGGGUUUUCCAAGAAAGAUCUCCAAAUCGACAACUUCCACUCGAAUGGCUCUUUCUACAUGUCGUUUCUCGGUGGUGUCAUAGGAAACUACCGUAAUAUUACCAAUAUCGCAUUUCGGCUGAACUCGAAGAAGGAGCGGACCAAAGGUCGUCGGUGCGCAGUUCUUGCUGGUGCUCACUACGAUUCUGCCUUGGCUGCCCCUGGAAUCAGCGAUAACGUUAUGCAAGUUGGUCUACUUAUCGAGGUCAUGCGGGUAUUCAAGGCCCGGAACCUCAUGGCUGAUAGUGAGAUCGAUCUCAUUGUCAACUUCAAUGGAGCUGAGGAAACCCUCAUGCAUGCCGCCCAUGGCUUUGCUAGGAAUAGCAAAUGGGCUCGCGAUGUAUGCGCUAUCGUUAAUCUAGAGUGUAACGGGGGCCAUGGACGGGAGGUGUUAUUCCAAGUUGGCAGUCAUUCGCUUGUGUCUCAAUACAAGAGGGCUGCGAAGCGACCAGCUGGCAGCAGUUUCAUUCAUAGUGUCUUCCAGGCGGGAGUAGUACCAGGCGACACCGACUAUCGCGUAUACCGCGACUUCAUCCUCGAGAAGCAGGGGCUCUUGGUGCCAGGCUUGGACUUCGCCACCAUCGGCAACCAAUAUGUUUACCAUACCAGUAUUGACGAUUUCGCCCAUGCAUCCGUUCAAUCGAUGCAAAGAUACGGCGAGACAAUCCUUGAUUUGUUGGCAUUGAUGACGAGUGAAGGAGUAGAGAAGCCCGUGGACGCCCAAUUGCCAGGGGUGUAUUUCGACGUGCUCGGUAGAUGGUUCGUUGUCUACUCUACCAGAGUAGCAUGGGCCUUGCACAUCACUUCUGCGAUCAUCGUGCUCAUGCUAUCCUUAUCUAAUCUGACGCUCUCCCCAAGACCAUGGCUGAUCGGAGCCUUCUUCUUCGCGGAGCUGUGCGGAUCACUAGGCUACGGCUUGAUAGCCAUGUUCCUCAUCCCGAGGGGAUAUAGACUAGCGUACCAGAACCAUACUUGGCUAACAGUCCCGCUUUUUCUGUUCCCGGCUGUCGCUGGGUACCUCUUUGCCAAACGACGUAUUGCUGGAAAAAGUGACGAGAGCUCUCCAGGCGAUAUAUUCUGGACUUGCCGCCUCGUAGCGGCUAUUCUCUGCCUGGGAAUCACAUUUUUAGUACCAACAUCGAGCUACUUAUCCUUCCUAUGGUGCACAUUCCCUCUGAUAUAUGUGUACACUGGGAGGUAUUUCAUGUCGUUCGUAGCAGGGUACACAAUCCCGAUAAUCGUCACACUACAGCUCAUGCCUGCUGCUUUUGAUUUGCUGGUUCCUCUUUGUGCUCGCAGCGGUACCGUGGUGCCGCCCGAAAUUCUGGUUGGGUUAUUCGUGUUCGCGCCUAUUAUCCUCUGUAUCUCCGCUAUGGGAGACAUACCAUUCGCACUCGCUCGCAGAAUUGGUGGGACAUUGCAGAUCGAGAGGGCGCUGAUAGCAGGCUUCCUGAUAGCAAUAGCGGCUACCGUUGUUCUGGGAGGAAGCUACUUAUUCCCCUACAGCCCUGACAGGCCCAAACGGCUGUUUACUUUUCAUGUCAACCAUGUGGACACACAUGAGGCAUACCUCUACAUCAGUCCAUAUGACAUCAACCAUCUCGAGCCACUCACAGGCGAUGUCUUUAAGUCGACGAAAAAGCUGUGGAGUGUGAAGAAUACUGAGGCUAUCUACGGCAAUGGCGCGCCGUACUACUUUCCUUUGCAGUCUGUUCUCAAGGACAUGACCCGAGUCAAGGUCGAGCACCACGGCGAAUGGAACGACUUUGUUGUUCGUGCGGAAAGACCCGUCACGUUGGAGACGGGAGUUGUCCGUACUACCAUUAUUGCUACUGGGAAGAACGCACAGCACAUGUCUAUGGCGGUGCCGCAUGAAGGUUUGGUAGGCUUCCCAGCUUUGAGGGGAAGGCUGCCUCCUGUUCGAGCCGACUGCAACUGUCAUUGGCUGAACUUCGACCAAGGCGGAGAGCAUGACACUAUCGAAUGGCGUCUCGAAAUCGACUGGGACCCUCAGGAGUUCGCUCCAGGAGGGAAACCCAGAGUUGAAGUGUCUUCAUUCGGGUUCGAAAAUGUCUCGUCCGAGGUUCACGAUUUAGUAGAACCCCUUCCGGAUUAUGUGGACAGACUCAAGUUCCUCGGCAGUCAUACCCAUUUGCUGCUCAGUUUGGACGACAACUCGUCCGACUAAGGCUGAAGAGGAUGAUCGCACCAUGCAGAGUGCGUCAGUGGUUUUCCGUGCCAUGGCUUUCGCUAUUAUGUCUAUUGUAUUGAAGCUUAGAAACGCUU